GCCGCGAAGAUUUGGAAGCGCGCCGUGGAGCUCGGGGACGUGGACGCGAUGGUAUUUCUUGGGGAAAUGUACGAGGAUGGGGAAGGCGUCAAGCUGGACAAAGAGAAGGCGGAGCGGCUGUAUCAGGCGGCCGCGGACCGGGGCGACGCGAUCGGGCAAAACAAUUUGGGGCUUUUACUUUACUCUGAGAAGAAACAUGAAGAAGCGUUCCGGUACUUCGUGCUCGCGGCGGAUCAAAGCUAUACCACUGCAGAGACCAACCUUGGCGGCCGGUACUUGGACGGAAAAGGCACGGAAGUCGACCUCGGCAAAGCCAGAUACUGGCUCGAGCGCGCCGCUGCCAAGGGCUACGAGAGAGCUAUAGAGGACCUCGCGCGCCUC